AUGACGCAGCAAUCCAUGCUUGUUCUAGCAAGCGGGCAAAUUGCUUCACUCGCCUUUCUCGUGUACGAGAUAUGCCUCACAUUCGACGACGAGGUUAAUGUAAUUUGGUCAAAACCGAAUAGGUCAUGGAUCAAAUGGCAGUUCCUAUUCACUCGAUAUUUCGCCUUGUCCAUCCAAGUAAUUAACAGAGGAAUAGACAGUGCCAUCGCAUCCCACAUGAAUAUGGUGUCGACCGACUUGAAGAAUUGGUACAUAUGUCAGGUCAUUGUCGGCAGCAUCUUGAUGUCUGCUGUCGAAGCCGUCCUCAUGGCUCGGGUCUAUGCUCUCUACAACAAGAAUGUUUGGAUAUUACUCAUCUUUGUCAUCAUGAUCCUGGGGGAGAUUGUGACUGUGAUUCUGGGCAUUGUCCUGAACAGACCGGGAGACGAGUUCAGGGCGUCAAACAUCCUCCUACGGAGCCCGACAUCGUUUACGUACUUUGGCAUCGGUGCGAUAGCAUCGCAGAUAACAAUUUUAGGGCUUACGCUGUUGAAGUACAAAGCAGCCGUGGAAGGCGGAUGGAGUAAAACUCCUAUCAUGAUGCUCAUGAUCAGAGACGGCACUGCUGCAUUUUUCAUUCUCCUAGUCGCGACAACCUUGACUGUCGUCGCUACAAGUACACAAAAUGAGUACGCUCCCAUUGGGAACUCGUGGUUUUUGUCCAUCGUCGCUUCUGCGGGAUGUAGACUAAUCAUCAAUAUGCAAACGUUUCCAACACGCAUAGAAUCGACUGAUUUACCUACUUCAGUGCAGCUGACCACGCUCUACCCCGGGUUUGAGCAGUACACGAUCCGCGAGGUUCAUUGGAAUGAGUUCCAGGACAUCUACUGA